AUGGAGCAGCACAAGCGCAGCCGCAUGGAAGUCGACGAAGCUGCGGAGAUCCGCCCGCAGGUGCUCCUCCGGUGGCGCAAGAUCAUCAAGGGGGUUCUUCAACUGCUGAUGCAGUUGGGCCGUAUUGUGCUCAACCCAGUCGGCGCGGAUCCACCGCCUCAGGCCUCGCCCGGAGGUGGCUAUGCUGUUGGCUCAUUGCCGUCUCCUUUGCCGGAGUGGACGCCAGCUCAGGGACCUCCACAGCAGGGUGGCCAUGCCUACAACCAGCUCAAUGCCGUCGACUACCGAGUCAAUGACAUGGAAUCCAUCAACGCCUCCAAGGAAGACGCAGGGAAGCUGCAGUGCGGCAAGCUGGAGUGUGAUCCCGGGGUCUCCGGGAAGUCAGGUUACUUCGAGUGGGAUCCCAUCGAGGUGAAGGUGAUCCAAGAACUCGACAGUCCAGGCAGUGCGAGGAUGACGCAGGGCUCUCUUCCAUCAGGAACUCCGCCCGACGUCCAGGAGAAGAUCGAGUUGGAGAUGUGGAAGAAGAAGCUGCACGAGCAGGAGAAGGAGCUCAGCGAGAAACAAGCCAGCAUCGAGCAACUGAGGCAGAGCAGCGAAGAGAUGGCUGUGAAGACCCAGAUGGAAGGCCAAGCGCUUUUGAUGCAGCAGCACCAAGCUCAUGCCGCCGAGACACAACAGCUGAGGGAUCAGCUGAUCUGGCUGUCCUGUGUGGCAGGACCAGAGAGAUUGGAGCAGGCACGAACCGAUCCAAAUUUUCAUCAAGAGAUGGUGAACCAGGCCAUGGAGUACAAGAAGAUGUUCGAGGAGCAAGGUGCGGGGCCAACCAACUGA